AUGAACGUCGAGUUUGGCAUAGAAGUGCCGGGAGAGGCCAACCCGCUCACCGAUGGUAUGCUCUACCAUGUCCUCUGCUCGGCCUCGUCGUCGGACAUGCAGCAGGUCCAGACCGGGACAAAGCAGCUGCAAGAGUGGGAAAAGGCGCGGGGCUACUACCCACUGCUGCAGACCGUCUUCCUCGACAAGUCGCUGCCGCUGGAGGUGCGCUACCUCGCCAUCAUCCAGCUCAAGAAUGGCAUCGACAAGUACUGGCGCAAGACGGCGACCAAUGCUGUGACAAAAGAAGACAAGGUAGCCAUUCGCGCGCGUUUGCUCGAGACGGCGGUGAACGAGGCAGACCAGCGAUUGGCCCUGCAGAACGCGCUGGUCGUUGCAAAGAUUGUCAGAUUCGAGUUCCCGAAUGAGUGGCCAGAGCUGUUCCAGCAGCUGCUCCAGACCCUCCGCGGCUCGACCGACCCGAAUGCACACCGCUCACAACUUCCCCGCGCUCUGCUCGUCCUGCUGUAUAUCGUGAAGGAGCUCUCAACCGGCCGCCUGCUGCGCACGCGCCAGAGCCUGCAGACUGUGGCGCCCGACAUCUUCAACGUCCUAGGCGCAAUCUACGUGAACAAGGUACAGACAUGGCAGUCCUUCUUCCGCGAUGGCGGUGAGGACGAAGGCGGGGUGAUGGAGAGCAUCGAGCACAGCCUCAUUGCCAUCAAGAUCAUCCGCCGCCUGCUCAUUGCGGGCUAUGAGUUUCCAGGUAGGGAAAAAGACGUGCAAGACUUUUGGACAUUGACACGCACACAACUUGGCGAGUUCUUCCAAUAUGUUUGCACUGAGAAUUCGCCGCUCGGCCAGAGCGUAGAGAAGCUGAUCGAGAAGCACUUGAUGCAGCUGUCCAAGCUUCACCUGAACAUGGCCCUCACUCACCCUGCCAGCUUUGUACUGCUACCAAACUCAAUUGCUCUUGCGCGGGACUAUUGGGGUCUAAUUGCACGGCUUGGAGAGACCUGGGGGUCCAAGUCACUAGACGGCGCAAAGAUUGGCACAGAUGGCGAUGCGGAAGACGAUGCACCUAUCAAUGAGCGACUCGGUCUGAAAGGCCUUUUGCUGGUACGCGCAUGCGUGAAGAUGGUGUUCUAUCCUACUCAGACCUUCAAGUACAAGCAACAACAGGAGAAGGACGAGCGCACCCACGCAGUGCAAGCGGUGAAGCAGGAGCUCCUCACAGAUGACCUUGUGCGUGAGAUGAUCUCGACACUCGUCACACGCUUCUUUGUAUUUCGACCGAGCGAUCUCCGAAUGUGGGAAGAAGAGCCCGACGAGUGGGAGAAGAUGGAAGAGGGCGCUGAAGAUUGGGAGUUCGCCAUUCGUCCCUGCGCCGAGAAGCUGUUCCUAGAUCUCGCAAAGAAUUUCAAAGAUUUGAUCGUCCAGCCGCUGCUCCAAGUAUUCUACUCAGUUGCCACGCCGGAGAACGAGGACAUUCUCUUCAAAGACUCCGUAUACACAGCGAUUGGGCUUGCUGCCGACGUCCUCCACGAUCAGCUCGACUUUGACGCCUUCCUCGAGAACACUCUCGUCCCUGAAGCCGGCAAGCAGAAGCAGGGCUUCAACCUUAUUCGGCGCCGAAUCGCCAUCAUCAUCUCGCAGUGGAUUGCUAUCAAGAUUGCGCAGGAGAAGAAGCCUAUUGUGUACCAGAUCUUUCAGCAUCUCCUCGACACAAGUGACCCGCUUAAUGACCAAGUUGUUCGGGUUACCGCAGGUCGCCGUUUCAAGGAUAUCGCCGAUGAGUGGGAGUUCCACGCUGACAACUUCUUGCCAUAUGCGCCCACGACCUUGGACAGAUUAAUGGCACUCGUGCAAGAGGUCGACCUCCCCGACACCAAGAUGGCGCUUCUCAACACCAUCAGCAUCAUUGUCGAACGACUCGAGCACCAUAUCACACCGUACGCCAACAGUAUCGUCUCACUGCUCCCACCCCUCUGGUCGCAAUCCGGCGAAGAGCACUUGAUGAAGCAAGCCAUCCUGACCCUCCUCGCGCGCCUCACAAACGCGAUGAAAGCCGAGUCACGCAGCUUCCACGUUUCCUUCCUCCCCAUCAUCCAGAGCGCCAUCGAGCCCGAGUCAGAAACACAAGUCUACCUCCUCGAAGACGCGCUUGACCUCUGGGCGUCAAUCGUCGCACAAACACCCUCCGCGCCCGAGCCCGCGCCCCAAGAACUCCUCAACUUGCUGCAGUACCUCCUGCCACUAUACUCCAUGGACAACGAGACGCUCCGCAAAGCCAUCGAAAUCACAGAGGCCUACUUGCUCCUCGCGCCCGCCGCGGUGCUGGCCGACUCGUUCCGGAAACCGCUGCUCGCCGCGCUCGCCGAUCUGCUCGGCACGCUACGACCCGAGGCCAACGGCAUACUCACGCACCUCGUGCAAUGCGUGAUCCGGGGCGCGGAGGGCGUGGGCGGCGAAGCCGCCGUGCAAGUGCUGACCCAGGAUCUCGUCUCCACGGGGUUUUUCGCAAAGGUGCUCGAGGGUCUGCAUGGCGCGUGGACACACCAUCAAGCUCACGGACCGUAUCGCGAACUCCCUUCCAGGGCUGUGGAUGGCGUGGUGGAGACGGAUUUCUUCACCGUCUUGGCGCGAAUCGGGCUUGCAAGUCCGAGCGUGUUGCUCGAGGCGCUGGCGAGUCUCAGCUCCGAGGGGCUAGAGAAACAGCUCGACUGGUUGCUGGAGGAAUGGUUUAGUCAUGUUGAGAACAUCGGCGAUGCGCCGGGGAAAAAACUCAUGACCCUCGUGUUGACGCGGUUGCUGGAGACGGGGCAGUCUUGGGCGCUGGGAAGACUGCAGAGUUUCAUGAGCUUGUGGACAGAUGUCCUGGCUGAGCUGCUCGACGGGAUGGAUGAUCGGAGUGUCGACUGCCUCUACUGGCCCCCGGAGCCGUAUAAUCCGACGGAGCCUGAAGCUCCGGAGGAUGUCAGGAAGAGAGAUUUGUUAUACUCGGAUCCGGUGCAUCAGAUUAAUCUGGUGGCAUUUGUCAGGGAGCAUGUUCAGCAGGCCGUGCAGGCAGCGGGAGGAGAGCAGAGGUUUCAGGAGGAGUGGCUGGCCAGGGUGGAUAAGGAUGUGCUAAAGGGAUUUGGGGAGCUGGGUAUCAUGUGA